AUGGGGAAACGGAAAAAGAAGUCGCAGAAUAUACUACCACAGACGCAAGUGGGCUUUCCACAUCCGCAGGUAAAACCUGCUUCGCCGCCGGUUUCUCCGACCGGUACCCAGCUUCAACCCCAAAAGAAGCGGAAGGGAAGCAAAUCUAGUUCACCAUGCGAUACCUGUGAGCCACAGGUGAGCCCUAAACUUUGGAAAAGGUUUUAUGAGCCACUCGUCCUAUUAUCUGCGUACGGAAAGUCACAAGGACCGCAUUUUAAAUCCACCGGCGACGAAACGUUUUGCUCCGAUGAUAACAGAGACCUAAAAAAACAGUUCCUGGACCAGCUGGCGUAUGUAUGUGACUACGAGACUGGUGGAGAUACUGUGACCGCUAUUGCUGUGGAGGAUGGUCCUGAGUUGAAAUAUUGGGUAGCUGCGAACACAGAUAAAUCCUCAACGAUAUUACCAUAUAUCUCCGGUAUCUUAGCAAGUCUUGAAACGGUAUUCGAAGCACCAGAGGAGCAUAUCUUAGCUGUACAGGCCCAAAUUACCGACCGAGUAAUUCAAUUUUGCUCGGAUAGGCUACGGCUCUAUAAGUUGAGACUACGUUCUGCAGCUCUGGGAUGCAUUAAAAAGCUUCAGUCAGAACUUACAGAAGGUAAAGUUACAUAUCCCGCAGAUUCAAAUUCAGUAAUUCAAACUCUGAUAGCUGCUUUAGAUGCAAAGGCAGUAGAGGUCUGGUUAACUUCGAUUUGCGACCAGACCAUAGAAUUGAAGACUUUGAGCGAGUUAUGCUAUAAUGCUAGAUCCUCAACAAUGUUGGCUGGAAUCACACGGCGGGUGGAGGAAACAAAACAGAGACAGAAUUCCUCCCAUGGUGGGAAAUAUUCCAAAGUCCGACAUUUGGUAGGGCGCUUAGGGUCUCAUAUCAAGGCAGUCGAUGUUUUAGUUCGAGUAGGACGCCACUACCCCCGACUCUUCCAAAAUGCAUCAGUACAAUUUGAAACAGCCAAUAAAAAAUUCACCCCACCUCCUUACCGACCAAAAGCGUUAAUCAAUGACAUUAUUAAGCGGAUGGUGGGACCGGACUCCUCCUUAUGCGAAUAUUUUCAAACCGAAAUCGGUUCUCUCGAUAAGAAGUUUGAGCUGAGACUACAAGAGUUGAUUAAAGAAACAUACAAAAGCCCUACAUUCAAGUUAAUAGUUCAUGCUGAAAUCAUCAUCCAUGAUCUUUUUUCUCGAAAGAAGCUUCAAUUUCUAGACCAAGUACGCUAUAUUGGUGUCAGCAAGCCUUCAUGUUUCUUAUGUUAUCGAUACCUCCAAGCUCACCCCAUGAGAGUGCAAACAUCCGGCUGCAGCAACAACCUCUACUUGCAAUGGCAGCCUCCUUACAUCGAAGAUGAGUCUCUCACCUUAGUUACAGAGCAAAGAGAUGUGCUGAAUAAAAUGAACGGAGAGAUCCGAAAAUUUGUAUUGGAUACGAUCGUUCCGGAGUAUCGAGGGCACAAAUCCCACCCUGAUUCUACAACGGGCAUUGGAACUAUACUGAGUAUACACGACACAGUAUCUAAAUCUCGCACGAAGAAGGUAUAUGCCCAGAUGCCUCCCUCGAAGCUCGUUUCUGGUAUCAAUGCUUUCCCCGAAAAACACUUUGAUUUACAAUCAAUUGAUACUGUGGCUGAACUGUCAGAUACCGAUGGUGGUGUACUUUUGGAACCUCAAGGCCACUAUGUUGAUAGUUCUGACGAUGGUGGUGUGUCUCUUUUCGCAUAA